GUCUGCGGUGCGCAGUGACCCUUCUCGUCCAGCAGGGGGCGAUUCCGGGCGUUUCUCUGCGGCUUUGUCUCUGCGUGGUGAUGCCCUUGUUCUCGAGCCCUGGGCGGUCCUCGCGCGGAUGCUGUGAGCUUUAGGAUGCGCACGGGGACCGCUGACUUCAUUUUCGGUGUAAACACUGAUCGACAAACGAGGACACCGUCGGUGCGGAGCCAAACCGGUGCCAAGGAGCUGACUUUGCAGGCAGAUCACAGACGACAUCUGUGUUUGUGUGCACAAACAGCGUCAAGCCUCCGUCGCUAUAUAAGGCAGUUGUUGCGUGUUCUUGUCUGUCUUUAUUUAUGAUAUACUUCUUUGUGUCUUAUUCUCCAUGGUGCUGCAUAUGUUUUUGUUAACCUCUUCGCCUGGUAAUACCGGAUACGAUCUGACUCAAUAGGCCUCCGAGGAAUCAGCAGGGCCCCGUCAGCCGAGUGUUUUCUCAGGGCUGGUGCCAGGACUAUGAGAAGCGUCUGUUAGAUGUUCCUGUCUCCCGUCGUUUGCCUUAGCAAGAUCUGUCAGUACUUCUCAAUGUUCAGUUCAGACAGGCUUACGGUUCCUGAAUAUGUCAGUCGGAUUCAGAACCGGAGAGCAGGCUCUGAUCCCAGAGCAGUUUCUCCAGGUGUUAAUGCCGGCGUUCAAGCCGUUUUGGACGGAUCGCUUCCUGCACUGCGGUCCGCAAUGAGUACCCUCAGGUCUGCCAGGGACACCGGAGACUUGGACGAGACUCGCCGGGCCAUCGCGGAGACUUUCCAGCUUGUGGAGGAAGCCUGGGUUUUGCCUGCAGUCGGCCGCCAAGUAGCAGAGGAGAUCUGUAACAGGAUACGUCUGGAUGGGGGUCUGGAGCUGCUGCUGCCGCUGCUGCAGACACCUGCUGUGGAAAUCACGUACGAGUCGGCCAAGCUGCUCGAGCAGAUCCUCAUCUCGGAAAACAGGGACUACGUGGCACGCAUGGGCCUUGGUGUGAUUCUGAACCUGACCCGCGAGCAGUACGACGCUCAGCUGGCGCGCAGUGUCUCGGGGAUCCUGGAGCACAUGUUCAAGCACACGGAGGAGACGUCGGCGCAGCUCAUCUGCAACGGCGCCCUGGACGCGCUGCUGUUCUGGUGCCGCGGGACGGACCCCACCGUCCUGCGGCACUGCGCCGUGGCCCUGGCGAACUGCGCCAUGCACGGUGGGCACCGCUGCCAGCGGCUCAUGAUCGAGAAGCGGGCGGCCGAGUGGCUCUUCCCGCUCGCCUUCUCCAAGGAGGACGAGCUGAUCCGCUUCUACGCCUGCCUGGCCGUGGCCGUGCUGGCUGCCAACCGGGAGCUGGAGGACGAGGUGGUGUGCUCGGGCACGCUGGAGCUGGUGGAGCCCUUCAUCGCCUCGCUGGACCCUGAUGAGUUUGCUCGCAGCCUGCAGGAUAGCGCCGACAGCGUGCAGGGCCGCACCGCCGCUGACCUGCAGCACCUGCUCCCCCUGCUGGACGGCAUGCGCCUCGAGGGCAAGUGCAUCGCAGCCUUCUACCUGUGCGUGGAGACCAGUAUCAAGUACCGGCAGCGCAAUACCAAGAUAUUUCAGGAGAUCGGGGCAGUGCAGAGUCUGAAGAGAAUUGUCAUGUACUCCAGCAAUGCCACCACCCUUUCUCUAGCCAAAAGGGCCCUGGGGAUGAUGGGCGAGGACGUCCCCAGCCGCAUUCUGUCCUCCGUCCCCAACUGGAAGACCGGGGAGGUCCAGCGCUGGCUGCAGCAGAUUGGCUUCAGUGCUUUUAGCAACCGCUUUCAGGACCACCUGGUGGAUGGAGACCUACUACUCAAUAUCACAGAGGAGGACCUGGCAAAUGACCUGGGCAUGACGUCUGGCCUCACCCGCAAAAGGUUUCUGCGAGACCUGCGGGUUCUGAAGACCUAUGCCAACUACUCUAUGUGUGACCCCAACAACCUGGCAGACUGGCUAGCCGAUGUGGACCCUCGUUUCCGCCAGUACACGUACAGCAUGGUGCAGUCCGGCAUGGACCGAAACAACAUCCUCCAGAUAACAGACCAGCAGCUGCAGUGCGACUGCCGCGUGGAGAACGGCAUUCACCGUGCCCAGAUCCUGGCGGCGGCCCGGCGGCCGGCCCGGCCCUGCCUCACCGACUCUCAGCCUGUGGGCCCUGAUGUGUUCAUCAGCUACCGACGCAGUACCGGGUCUCAGCUGGCCAGCCUGCUGAAGGUGCACCUUCAGGUUCGAGGGUUCAGCGUGUUCAUCGACGUGGAGAAGCUGGAGGCGGGAAAGUUUGAGGAGAAGCUGAUCUCCAGCGUGCAGCGCGCGCGGAACUUCAUCCUGGUACUGUCCGCCAGCGCGCUGGACAAGUGCAUGGACGACACAGCCAUGAAGGAUUGGGUGCACAAGGAGAUUGUCACCGCUCUCAACGGGAAGAAGAACAUCGUCCCUGUCAUCGAUAACUUCCUCUGGCCUGAACCCACCUCCCUGCCCGAGGACAUGCGUGCCAUUCUUACAUUUAACGGCGUCAAGUGGUCCCACGAGUACCAGGAAGCCAGCAUAGACAAGCUUCUCAGCUUCCUUGAAUUAAAUGGCCAGCGCGAACAGCCCGAUGGUGCCAAGCCUCCCCAUGGCCUGCAGCCCAGCGUUCCGUCUGCGAACUAACCAUCGCGCACUCACAGAGCCCCUCAGCUACUGCAGGUCUGUUAUGUAUGUGUGAACAUGCAGGUAUGGAGAGUAUGGACCUCUUGGGACCUGGUACUAACAGUGAGAUACAGGCCGUGAUCCUGCUAAUGUUUUGGUCAUUCAUAUGUAUCCACUAUGUCACUUCACCGUGAUGCAUGAACAUCACUUCCUGUCCCUCAGGAACAUAAAUGUAACCCAGGAAGUGAUAACAUAUAUGUGAGUCCCUUGCAUUUAAUAUUUCCUUUUCCUGUUAUAUCAUGUGAUAUUAUUUAAUGUUCAGUCUAAAGUGUGCAUGUCUGUUCAUGAUGCCUUCUUCAUGUUGGUGAUAGUAGCAUAUGAGUUUGUGGUUUGGUUAUUGACUUCUUUAGCCAAACAGCUCUGUGUUGUGAAUAUGCUGUCAAAGGGCAUUACUGCUAAAUGGCCAAUUUCUAGGUAUUGUGGAAACUGACAUGCGUAGAAGACUUUUGGAUUAUUAGUGCAAUAAUGCUAUAAUCUCAAAUUGGGAAAUAACUUUAGCAGUGUCACCUACUUUUAGCCUUUUACAGGCAGGAACACAAGAAGUUUAAACGCUACCAAAUGCAUGAAGUUCCAUAUACACUUUUAUGAUUUUACACUGUGGCUCCUCUGUAGAAGAUAAAGAGAACAGAAGGUUGAGGUAAUUCCACAGAAACUCCUCCACAGGAAGUUACACACGACGUGUCUUUACUUCACUUUACUUCACUGAUGUUUACCUGCAUCAGGUAUAUCUGAAACUUCAAGAAACUCACUUUUCAGACAUGCAGUAUUGGUAAACACUAGCUCACACACACCCUUUCGUGAGAGCUCUCAUCUACCAAAAGGGUAAUUCAUCACCUUUGAGCAAAGUACAUAUGUAAUCUUAACAACAGAACACUCCCAGCAUCAACGUCCUCCGCACCCUGGACGCUGUGCGUAGCUUUUCCCUCUGCUCAGUCUACUCAUGUUGCCUUAAUGUGUAAAAUGCAUUUUUGAAGUUUGUUUGGCGCAGCCUGACAAAACGGUGCAGGCCAAGAGCCCAUGUAACAAAUACUGUACAAUAUCAUUAAUUUUUCUGUUUGGAAAUGAAUGGCAAUAAACAUUCUUUUUGCAAAUAUCCCUUUAUUUAAUUAAGUUUAGCAGUACAGUUCAUGCCAGGGUGAGCUGAGAAAAUUUAAGGCACACAGUGAACUCGCUGCAUAGCUGACAGGUGCACUUUCACUUCUUGUACACAUAGGUCAAAAAAUGCUAAAAUAAUCACAGCAGCCCUGUAGACGGAGUUCCCCGGAGCUUUAGACGAGGGAUACACUCCCUGUUAGUGCCGUUCACAACCCUUAAAUUCCUGAAGUAUUUCUGUGACAUACAAUUAAAAGUGUUACGUGGAUACACAUCUUCCAUUUUUGAGGAGACCUGUGUCCACCGUACGCACAGGGAGACGACCCUCAGACAGAACAGUAACUAAUCAUUCCAUUCUGAUCACUACAGAAACACGAGGCCUGGCUUUUUUUAGACUGAUUGUAAAAGACUGAUAUUCCAUUUCACUAUUAACUUAAUUGUUAACACUGUUGCUGUAUCUCGGGAUGGGAGAGUAUAAACGUAUCCCAUAAAUAUUCCCAAAUUAUCCUGGUUUGCAGUAUCCCAGAACUGGAAUUUUAGGUAUUUCUCUUCCUUUCAGUUCAUUCUAUAGAUUGGUUUUAGAUUCUCAGUCAUCUUCCCUCAGUAUGUAAAACUAAACAAA